AAAAAUCUGUUUGUUAUUUAUUUAUUUUUAUACACUGUUUUGAUUUUUGUAAUCAAACAGUCUUUCUCAUUUUUUUAUUUUUUCUGUGUUCUGUUUGUUGUUAAGUACACAAACAGAAUUUAUUCUUAAUACAGUGAAGAUUAUCCAACAAUUUAAAUCGAAACAAAAUGAAGAGUGUGUUGAGAUUGUAGCAACAACUUUUAAUUUUGAUGCUUGUAAAAGGUCUCUUGCGGAGAUGGUUGUCAUUGAUGAGCUGCCAUUUAGAUUUAUGGAGGGAGUUGGGUUUAGAAGAUUUUGUAAUGUCAUGCAAUCGAAAUUCACACCAAUCCCCUCUCGUCAUACCAUAUCUAGAGAAGUGCUUAACAUAUUCAAGAAUAAAAGAAAUAAGUUAAAGAAGGCCAUGAAGGAUCGUAGAAUUUGCUUUACUAUGGACACUUGGACAUCUAUUCAGAAUUUGUGGUACAUGUGUUUGACUGCUCAUUUUAUUGAUGAUAAUUGGAAAUUUCAAAAACGAAUAAUAAAUUUUCAACAAGUUGAAGAUCACAAAGGAGAAACAUUGGGUAGAAAAAUUGAGUCGUGUUUGAUUGAGUGGAACAUUGAUAGCAUAUUCACCUUAACAAUUGAUAAUGCUAGUUCUAAUAACCUUAUCAUUCAAUAUUUGAAAACAAUAACCAAAGAUUGGAAGGGGACUAUUUUGCAACAUGAGUUUAUUCACAUGCGUUGUUGUGUAUAUAUUCUUAAUCUCGUUGUGAGUGAUGGCUUGAAAGAAAUGGACAAUUCUAUUGCCAACAUUAGACUUGCGGUGAGAUAUGUCAGGUCUUCUCCUCAUAGGCAUGAUGCUUUUAAGAAGUGUGCAGUCACACUCAAACUUGAUUCAAAAGCUUUUGUAUGCCUAAAUAUACCAACUAGGUGGAACUCUACCUAUUUAUGUUGGAGGCGGCCGAAAAGUAUAAGAAGGCUUUUAACCGCUUGAAGCUUGUGGAUUCCAAUUUUGAACCUUAUUUCAAGGAUGUUGAUGGUGGCAUAAGGAGAAGUUCUAAUGAGUUGGAUUGGAAAAAAUGUAGAUUAUUUUUGAGGUUUCUAAAACUAUUUUAUCUUGCAACUAAGAAGUUUUCGGGGUCUCUCUUUGUUACUUCCAAUGCUUUUUACAAAGAAAUGUUUGUUUUUGAAAGCAAAAUUAACCAAUUAAUAUUGGAGGAGGAUGAUACUUUCAGUACAAUGGCAAAAAUUAUGAAACAAAAGUUUAGCAAGUAUUGGGGGGAUCGAAGUAAGAUCAAUUUGUUAUUGUAUGUUGCGGUUGUUCUUGAUCCUACCAAAAAAAUGGUGUACGUGGAGUUUUGCUUUUCAAAUUUAUUUCUUGGAGAUAAUAAGAAGGUGGAAGAUAUGGUAGACAAGGUAAAGGGUUGUUUGAGUUAUUUGUAUAGCCAUUAUGUCACACUUUAUCCUUCAAAUGAGAAACUUCCAAGUAUGAGUGAAUUUGUGAAUAUGGUGGAAGAUGAUGAUGAUGAUCCUUAUUCUUUGGUUGACUCCCAAUUUAAUUCUUAUUUGGAGGGGCGAUGCACUAGUGGAUCUAAGUCGGAAUUGGAACAAUAUUUGCCUAAGGUUGAACAUUUUACAAAGAGUCAAACAUUUGAGAUUUUGGAUCAUUGGAAGGUGAAUGCAACCAAAUAUAGAGUGAUAUCGCAACUUGCAAGGGAUGUGUUGGCCAUGCCUAUUUCUACCAUUGCGUCGGAGUCGGCUUUUAGUGCAGGAGGCAUAUUCUUGACCCAUUUCGUAGUUUACUCUCGCCUUCUAUGGUUGAAGCUCUUGUGUGCACUCAAAAUUGGCUUCGAAGCAACCUUCCAAUUUCUCUUCGAUGGAUGAUGUGAAGGAAUUUGAGCAAUAUGACUCGGGUAUUUUGGAGUCAAGCUCAUCUUUAAGUUCAACCUAUAAUGUUGAUGCUAAUAUUAUAAUUGAACUCUAAUCCAUUUGCUCAUCGUUUGUUUUUGUGCAGGGUUCAUUAACCAAAUGCUGGGAAUUGAAAUUUUUGGAACUUGAAUGUGAUUCAUGAUGAUGGAGUUUGAGAUAUUGUAUUGCAAAUGUUUUUAUUUUAUUUGACAACAAUUUUAUUUUAUUUUUUUAUUGCAUUUUGGAUGAAUGUAAUAGUUAAUGAAGUUUGUUUGACAACUAUUUUAUUUUAUUUUAUUUUCAUUUUAUUAUUGCUUUGGAUGAAUGUAAUAGUUAAGAAGGUGGAAGAUAUAGUUAAUGAUUUUACUUUAA